AUGGAAACUAGACACCUUAUAAAAGAGCAACCUUCUAUCAGCAUUCCGGCUUUGAGAGCUGAAAUAGUUGAAACAUUGGGCUAUACUCCUUCAUAUAAGAAGCUUUGGGUUGGGAAGCAAAAAGCAAUCGAACAUGUGUUUGGAAACUGGGAAGAGCGUGUUUUUUGGGCUUUUGCUCCCUCUAUCAAAGGGUUUCACUAUUGUCGAACGGUUAUUAGCAUUGAUGGUACACACUUGUAUGGAAAAUACAAGGGUAAGAUGUUGAUUGCAAUGGGAGUUGAUGGUAAUAAUCAAAUUUUGCCACUUGCAUUUGCUAUUGUAGAAAAUGAAUCUUAUGAUACUUGGGAUUGGUUUCUUUCUCAUGUCAAGAAUCAUGUGGUAAAAGACCGUGAAGGCAUAUGUCUAAUAUCUGAUCGUCAUGGUGGAAUUCUUAAGGCUGUCAAUGAGCAUGGAUCUCCAUGGUUAGAGCCACGUGGUUUUCAUAGGUAUUGUUUACGACAUUUCAUCAGCAACUUUUAUGACAAGUUUCGUAAUUCAGAAUUGAAAGCUUUAGCUUAUCGUGCCGAUAGUCAGAAUCAAAUUCGAAAGUUCAACUACAUCAUGGAAGAAAUUGGGAAGUUAAAUCCACGUGCUCGAGAAUGGUUGGAGAGUCAUCCACUUAAUAGAUGGACACUUGCACAUGAUGGUGGAAGGAGAUAUGGGUUGCUCACAACAAAUUUGUCAGAGAUUUUCAACAGUGUACUUAAAGGAUCUAGUUCUCAAGCUAAUGGAGAUACACAUACUCCACAUGUUGUUGUAAAACAAGUAGCUUUGAUGGCAAAAGCAAGUGCACAUUCCUUAAGAUCUUUUAACCGAGAAAAGGGUAUAUUUGAGUUGAUAACUCAAAGAGGUCGAAAUGUGCAAGUAGUUAAUUUGGAACAAAAAACUUGCACAUGUGGUAAAUGGGAGGCAUUUAAAUAUCCUUGUUCUCAUGUCUUGAGUGCAUGUGCCAAACUCUCUUUGAAUAGUUGGCAAUAUGUUGAUAAAUGUUACUCGAUUGAAUACUAUUGUGCUACUUGGGCAUCUGAGUUCUCCCCGCUUCCUCAUGAAGCGUAUUGGCCACAAUCACCAUUUAAUGAAUUACUUCCAAAUUUAGAACUAUUACGAAAUAAAAAGGUCGUCCUCGUUCAACAAGACUAA